UAGGGUAUCAACAGAGGGUUCAAAUAUGUAUGUUGUAUCCUUUCUUCAACAUAACUUCGACAGGACCUCACCGUUCUAAAAGGGAGAUGGUUUUGAUUGACAAGACGGAUAUAAUAUUGCCGGAAGUAGGUGAAUGCGAUGUCCUCUGCAGUUCAAACAACCUUGAACAAAACACCUGUGAUUUGAACACAAAUAACUGUAGAGAAUCAGACUGCGUUCCCCUAGUGGCCGUACUAGGCGAAGUCAUCAGGGGUAAUCUGAAUAUUGAAGGGUCACAGAGGGCAUUUUUCUGUCAUCCGGAAUAUCUUCAGAUCGGUGGACACUUUGGGCAGUGUUUGAAUGGAAAGUGGACUGGACUACCCAUUUGUGCUAAAACGUGGCAAUCAACAACAAGUUUUGAUGGGUUCCCAGAUCGAGCGUUGGACGGAAAUCCGUCGUCCAUGUGGAUGUCACAGUCCUGCACCCACACAGAGGACGAAAUUCAAAACUUCUGGGCUGUAGAGCUCACCCGCCCCGUCAAGAUAGAGGGUAUCCGAAUACAGUUCCGGUCAGAUUGCUGUACCGAUAGAAACAGCGGCCUGACGAUCUCUGUCUUUGACUCUCGGGUGGCUUUGGAGUCAUGGGAGGGUACGGAUUGUGGGACGUUCUCGGGCCCCCCGGAAGAUUCCUCCAAGCCCGUGACCAUCACGUGUGAGGAGCCUGUUACCGGCCGCGUUGUCAGAGUUCUUCAGCAGAACCAGGAACCGAGUCCUAUGACCCUGUGUGAAGUCACAUUGAUUGGACCAGGGCUAAUGCAACAGAUUUGACUGUUUGUUCAUCGCUUCUUUCAACCAGAAGUUUUCUGUAUGGUUACCCCUGUUUGAC